AUAACCAAAGCCUGGCCCAAGUUAUAUCAAAGAAACGAAAAAGAAAAAAAAUCAGGAUUCAUGACUUGUGGAGCAACAACUGCAAACCUACUAAUGAUCACCACAUUCCACACUAAAAACCUGCUCUCUUCCUAAUCACAUAAAAUUCUUGCAUAUAAAUCCACACACAACAAAACCCCAUGCCCCAUCCCAUGCAAACAUGCAAUAAACACCCAUGGCCUCACUUUUUCUCCUCCUCCUCAAUCUCAUGCUCAACAAUUUUGCUGCUACUAAUUCUCUCUCCUCAUCAUCUUCUCUCUCAUGCCACAACCACAUAUUCUCAUCCAACAGAGUGUUCACCUCCUGCACUCACCUCCCCUCUCUAGAAGCCCACCUGCACUGGAACUACACCCCAUCUCUCGCUCGAGUCUCCAUAGCCUAUAGGGCUAAGCAAGUCCCCAAGGGAUGGAUCGCGUGGGCCAUCAACCCCACCAGCUCCGGCAUGGUUGGCUCACAAGCCUUGGUAGCUUUCCGGACUUCCAAUGGCACCAUGAGGGUUUACACGACCGCCAUAGCCAGCUACAACCCCUCUAUGCUCCCUGCACAGAUCAGUCUACCUGUGUCAAACAUAUCCACAGAAUAUGUAGGCAAUGAGAUGAUAAUAUAUGCCGCAGUUGGCCCCCUGCUAAAUGGAAGCGUUGUCAAUCAUGUUUGGCAGGCUGGAGCCUCCGUUUCCAGCAAUAUUCCUCAGAUUCAUUCCACGUCACCGCCCCAUCUUCAGUCUAUGGGGACUAUCAACUUCCUAUCACAGUUUUACUGCCUGAAAAAUGAAACAAGGAAUAGAGAAAGAGAGAGAACAUGAUCAUCUUACUCUUUAUCAAUCAUUUGCCACAGAAUCCUUUGUUAUAAACUAUUGAAUAUAUUAUUCAUUUUCAUUUGAGUACAA